AGACGAUACAAAGCAGCGCGCUGAAAGAUUCAUACAGUUGUGUUUUCAUCAUCAGACCUAUAGGUUGAAGCCACGAGUCAAAUUCAAACGACCAAUACAAAGUUUUUGCUGAAGACCAAAAGCAUUGGUGGACUUUUCUGUGAGAUACGCUGUUUUUUCCAGACACAGGAAUGUGCGCUGCAAAAGUCAUGCCGAUAGACCUGUCCAUGCACAUGGGCCUGAGUCGCCAUACUUCAGUGGAAAGUCUUUUGGGAUUGUCAACGCUUAGAUCCCAUCGCACUGUCUCUAGACCCAGCAUAUAUGAUUCUUUGAGGCCCAAAAGUCCUAGAUCCCCGCAGAGUCCUGACUUUCCUGUGAGCGCCCUAAACACUCAGAGCACUUGCGGGACGCUCCGAAAGAAAAAACGAGUGGUAUUCGCAGACGAUAAAGGACUGCCUCUUACUGCGGUGCGGAUCAUCGAAUCAGAUCCCCCAGUCUCUGACGUAGAGGAGAUUUCUCCAUCUGUCCAGAUAAAGGUGGAAUCAUCUCUGCAAAACAAGAAGCCACAGCGUCUCCGCUUGGGGUUCCCUCAGCCUUCUUCUGAUUCACCAUCAUUCCUUGAAAGCCUGAAAAAAUCACUGGUGCGUCUGGAGAGCUGCACCUUGAUCUAUGGAUCGUUAGUCGGAAAGGUGAGAGUCUGCAACAUCAGUCCCGAGAAAGCUGUGCAUGUUCGCAUCUCUCACGACUCAUGGAGAAGCCACCAGGACAUACCGUGUACCCGUAUCCAAGAGAAGAACGGGAUUUUGGAGACAGAACUGUUUGUCUUUAAUGUCCCUGUUCCUUUCUGUCCUAAUUUAGAAGAUCGUCUGGAGUUUUACGUGACUUUCCGGCCAGGAUCUGGCAGCAUGCUUUGGUUGGACAGAAAUGGUGGGCAAAACUAUCGAAUUCUUGUCGAGGACGUCGACUCGGAAGAAGGGUUGGAAAAAACGGUUGAGAAAAAACCCUUGAGGCCCCUGAACUUUCAAAGCCCUCUCUCAGUGCCCCUGAGAAACGGUCCAGCUCCCUAUAAGUCUACAAGCUUUAGCUCAAUUGUUUUCCCCAAAAACAUAACAAAGACCUUUAGUACGCAGGAGAACAUUAUGCCAAGGAGUUAUUCACUCCAUGAUUCUAACAGUGCUGACAAAUAAUUCUAAGAUGAGCAGUGUGUAUUGUGUAUACUUGUACCUUCGUAUUUUCAUCUUCAUCCAUUUUAUAAUUUUUAAAAAAAAAGACAGACACUCAUGUUCGUGCCAAUUCUUUGCACUCCAACAUGCCUUUGUGAGUCAGUGACAAGUCAGUGGUGACACACGUUUUUCUCUUGCACACUAGCACCUGUAAAUAAGAUGAGUAUAAUUUCUGAUAAGCGGUUUAUCAUGGUCAGACAAUUUCAAUCUGUGUGAGUCUUUCACUUCCUGUGAGGUAGCUACACUGCAACAGAUGUUUACUGUAGCUCAAGCGGUGAAGUGAUUUGUAAUAUAACUGUGUAUAAAUAA